UGAGGCUAUUUUUGUUUGAAGCUGAUACUUCUAGCUGAGCCACAAGUACUGCUUGGAAAGGGCUGAGGUUGUUUCCAGGGGGAGAACUCUGCAGAGAAGAGGCAAAGUUCAACAGGACCACGGAAAGCAGCUGAAAACAGCCAGGAAAAGCAAGAGGCCUCACGUUCGCCCUCUCCCAGAGUUCUCUAACCCUCCGGAAUUCUGCAAAGUACCACUUGACUGGAACUUUUCACCUGAUUGAUUUCUGCAUCCACCAUGACUGAGAUCACCGCAGAAGGAAAUGCAUCUACAACCACAACUGUGAUAGACAACAAAAAUGGGUCUGUGCCCAAGUCCCCUGGAAAGGUGCUGAAGAGGACUGUCACCGAAGACAUCGUGACCACCUUCAGCUCCCCUGCAGCCUGGCUUCUGGUCAUCGCUCUGAUAAUCACAUGGUCAGCUGUGGCAAUUGUUAUGUUUGACUUAGUGGAUUACAAAAACUUUUCAGCAAGCUCCAUUGCCAAGAUUGGUUCAGAUCCUCUAAAAUUCGUAAAUGAUGUUGUGGAGGAAACGACUGACUGGAUCUACGGCUUCUUUGCUUUGCUGUCUGACAUCAUCUCAUCUGAAGGUGAUGAAGAAGAUGAGGAUGCAGAUGAGGACAUUGAUAAAGGAGAAAUAGAAGAACCUCCCUUAAAAAGAAAAGAAAUACACAAAGAAAAGGCUGAAAAGCAGGAGAAACCUGAGAAGAAAAUGCAGACUAAAGUUUCACCCAAAGAAAAGGAAAAAGGAAAAGAAAAAAUGAAAGACAGAGAAAAACCCGAGAAGAAAGCAACCCACAAAGAGAAACCUGAGAAAAAAGAAAAAGCAGAGAAAAAGACAAUGACAAAAGAGGACAAGAAAGUUAAGACUAAGGAAAAGACCGAAGAGAAGAUGAAGAAGGAAAUGAAGGUUGGGAAACAAGAGAAAGGGAAGCCAGCAGCUGCAAAAGUAAAAGAAGCUCCUCCGAAAUCCCCACCAAAGGACAGGGAAAGGGAUGACAAAGAGACCGCAUCUGUGCCUGAACAUGAGCAGAAAGGUAAACAUUCUGAGGAGGCCACAGUUGAAGGUUCUAAGAGAAUCUCGGGCAAGAAGCAGAUGCAGUCAAAUUAAAUGCUGAAAAACAAUAAAAUUAAACUUCAGAUAGAGUAAAAAGACAGAUCCAAGCUGAUAUGCCUGAAAGGAAGCACAGCAAAUUGGGUAUUAACAUACUAAUAAAUAUACGAAAAUGUGUUCAAAUAGCUUGAUGCAUUUUCAAGUAUUUGAAUGGCUGUUGAGUGAGCACCUGGAGUUAUUUAACUGUGAGGAGGAGAGAGGGCAUCUUGAGGAUUUCAAUCAGGAGUUGGAAUAACAAUUGAACAAUUGGAUGUGUCAGACUCUGGGGAAAGGUGGUUUUAAAAAUUGACAGCCACCCUUAAGGACUUGCUCAAGAAGUCAAUGCACAAAUCAUACAGAUGAAAAAAAGUCAUGAAAAGCUUAUUUUUGUUUUUUGGUUUUUCAAGACAGGUUUUCUCUGUGUAACAGCCCUAGCUGUCCUGAAACUAGCUCUUGUAGACUAGGUUGCCUUGAGCUCACAGAAAUCUGCUUGCCUCUGUGUCCUGAGUGCUGGAAUUAAAGGCAUGUGCCACCAUUGCCUGGCUGAAAACUUACUUUUUUGAUAAUUGUGCAACGAUACCAUUCAGGACAUGUGCAUUAAAUCAAUGAUCCAUUUAAUUGUUGCAGAAACCUGUUGUAAGAAAAGAAAGUGAGAGGUGCUUUUUUAGUCCCCUUAGAAAAUCUCUAGGAAGCUUUUCAUAGGACAGGUGUGCUGUUCUUCAAGUACGACACAUCUACUCUCUUCCCAGAAAUAUACCAUUUAAAUGGAGAAACAAUUCUUAACAGAAAGUGUAGUAUGAAUAUAAAAUUGUUAAUAAGGUCCUCUUUGUCCCACAAUUAGAGUCCUUCUUAGUUCUCCAUCCCAAAUUCAUUCCUCAGUCCAGGUUGCUACACAUUCAUACUUCCCUAUUCAGAACACAGGGUCUGUUCAGUGGGAACUAUUUCUGAGAAUGAUCUGUCUUUUCUUAUGAAUGUUAGAAAAUAAACUUCCUUUGCUCCAGUAGCAAUUGAAUAAUUUUAUUCAAAAACUAAAGUGAACUGAUUUGUAUCUAUACUACUUUACUGUUAUUUUUAAACUUUAUUAUUAGGAAGGCUAUUUGGUCUGUAGAACUAGAAAUGCUUUUUUUUCUUAAUAUAAGCUACACAAUAUGAAUUACAAACUCUGUAUUUUCACUUUAUCUUCCCAACUUCACACUGUUUAUAAACUUUAGUACAGAAGUAAUGCAUGUAAAUUUAUAUUUAUAUAACAAAAGACAUAUAUAUAUAAUAUUUUUCAAAGGAAACAAGGAAAGAAAAAAAGGAGUGGUUACUUUUCUGAGUUCUUUUAGUAGUUCAUAAAGUUUACGUAGUGUGAACCUAUUGUUUUUGAAAUGAUUAUAGGAUCUUGAAAUUUGAAAAUUUAAAAUGUUACCUUUGUAAAUAAUGCUAUGUAUGAAUGUAUGUGCUGUAGAAGAAUGCAAUAAAAAUUAAAUGGGUAUUUUUCUGUAGUAAAAAUCAGGAAAUUUAAUUUUUGAUUCACUAGAUAAACUGUUGGAUACUUUGCAUUCCAAAUUUCCCUUUAAAAGAAGAAAAGAGUAAGAAGAAACCAAUUAAAACAUAUCAAUAUAUUUAGUCUAUAAUUUCAUUUUAUAAAACAUAUGCCACUUAGACUGAAUAUCAAAAUACUUCCUUAGUAACUAGGCAGUAACACACAGUUUGAGAGGUUUACUUUUAGGGUCCCCCAGGGUUGGGGAACCAUAGUCCAAUGACAAACUGAUUGCACCAAAAAAAUUUCCAAGGGUGUUUUUCAGGUCACAAACAUUAUAUUUUGUCAUAUCGUUAAUACACUUAUAUUAAUAAUACACUUAUUAACGAUAUAAAUCUAUCCCAAUUUGAUUUGAAUUUACUUUUUUGUGUUUAUGUAAAGAGCUAGUUGUCCUUUGAAACGAACCCCAAAUAUCACUUCCAGUUAAAAACAGAGGCAUCAAAAGAAUUCUAACCCUAAGUAAACAGAAGGGUAAGGCAUGGCCCCUACUGAGAACUGCUACCACCAGUUAAAUAAUUGUAUGAGUAGGUAGAAUAUUAAAAAAAUUAACUUAGAAUUGCUGCUUAAAGGCAAGACUAUUUUUUCCUUCCUUCUCUUCUCCGACCCUCCCUUCCUUUUUCCCUC